GCACGAGGCGUUUGCCGAGCGACUAUGCAACAAAUAUAAAAUCCGAAGCGCUUGGAAAAUGUGAAAACAUUCAUAACGGAAAACUCCUGGCGUGUGGACGUGUUCGUCGUGCUCUGUCUUUGUCACGUCUUUCGCUGCUUGUGUUGUGUAUUAUUUCUGUGAGUGCGUCUCGCUCUUAUCGCUGCUCACUUCGCUUCUUACCACACUUACUUAUCUAUCAAGCAACAAACCAAAAAUAUACAAAAAAUCUACAAAAACCAUCGACGAAUUUCAUUAAUCCUAUAUUGCAAUAUAUUUUGCCGCGUUCUGAUUUUUACAUUGUGAGCAACCUUGAGAUUUCGCGCUGCAAACAAACAACUUGCCAACUUCACAAGUGCAAUACAAAACUUGAGUAUUUCCAACCGCCAUUUGCAAUGUGACUUUAAAAGUGUGAACCCUCUAGCAAAUUGUACUUUAUUGUGUUGCCAAGCAAAUAUAUAUAUUUCAAAAACCUCAAAUCAAUUGCCAUAUCAUCGUUGAGACGUUGAUCAAAGCGCCGUUCCCAAUACAAAAUACAAAAAAAAAAAAUCAAAGUGGGUCUACAAGUCGAAUUUGGAAUACGGCAAAGGACGAGCAGCUGCUGCCAACCCAACGAAAUGUGUACUAUUGAGAAACGCUCCUUCUCUUUCCGGCUGCGUCGCUCGUUCGGCGAUGGUGGCAGCACCAAUAGCCGCAACAGCAACAACAAUAGCAGCACCUGUACUAAUCACAACAACAACAAGCGAUGCAGUACCCCAUUGACUCCGACCAGCACCAGCACCGGCAGGUUGGAGGUGCCUGGUGCAUCGGUAAGUCGUCGCAGCAGCAUUUACAAGAAGCCCGAUAAGAAUGAUGGGGGUCUGAUCCAUUUGAUACCCGAUGUGGAACUGCCACUGAUGACAUUCGGCGAUCAGUACAAUAUCGAGAAGACGCUGGCCGAGGGCUGCUUUGCCAAGAUCUUGCUGUGCCGGCACAGGCCCACCAAUACGACCGUGGUGCUGAAGGCGGUCCAUGCGGAACUGACCACCAUCAAGGAGUUCCAGAAGGAAUUCCACUACAACUAUGAGCUCUCGCAUCAUCAUCACAUACUCAGCGCCUAUGCGGUCGCCUUUCAGACCAUGGACUACUUUGUGUUCGCCAUGGAGCAUGCUCCAUAUGGUGAUCUCGCCUCGAACAUUGGCCCAAAUGGUUUGCAUGAGACGGCCUGCAAACUGGUUGCGGAGCAGUUGAGCUCUGCACUGGGUUUUAUGCACUCCAAGAACCUGGUGCAUCGUGAUCUCAAGAUUGAGAAUGUCUUGGUCUUUACGCCGGACUUUGGGCGCGUCAAGCUCUGCGAUUUUGGGGCGACGACCAAGAAGGGUCUGCUCGUGCAUAAGGUGAAGCAUACGUGGACCAGUUGUGUGCCGCCCGAGCAGCUGGAGCUGAUCAAGAACGAGCGUUUCCAGUGCUUGCCCAUCAGCGACUCCUGGCAGUUUGGCAUCCUGCUGUACAACAUUCUCACCGGCAAUCCCCCAUGGCAGUCAGCGGAUUGGGUUAAGGAUCAGGCAUACUCCAAUUUUAUGAAAUAUGAACAGCGCAAGACGACCAAAGUGCCGGAUAGUUUCCGGCGCUUCUCGCCUCGUUUAAUGCGCUGCUUCCGCAAGUAUUUGAGCCAUGAUCCCGAGGAUCGUUGCAAGAUCACCGAGGUGACCAAAUACAUGAAAGAUCGCUGGGUGGAGUGUCGCAUCUCAGCCUCCAAGUCGGCCACGCUGAUCUCACCCAAUCAACAUGACCAGGACUCGUGCAUAUAUCUCAAUCAGCGCGAAGGUCGCCUCUCUGGCGAUGAGAACAAAUUGCGCUUCAAGCGUAUGAUGUCCAGUUACGGAUUGGAUGGCCCCAUCGAUCAGACCAUGGUGCGACGGCGCGUUUGGGAUUGGUUGUCCCAUUGCGAUGCCAAUUUCGAUCCAGAAAUUGAAAGUCUGCACGCAUUGGACAUAGCGCAGUAGUUUGCCCUCUCAAAGAUUUUAGCCAGUCUCGGAAUUUAAGGAUUUUUCAGAUCUAUGAGAUCGUAUAUUGUUCGUAGAAAUCGAGAAGUUACUUCUCAAAAAAAGAAGCAAAAUUUUGUUAUUUGGUUCGAUGAUGAACCAAAUUGGAAUAUACCUUUAUAAUAACUAUAGACGAAUUUUGCUAUGCAUAUAUAUAUAUGUAUAUAUAUAGAUAACUACAUAAGUAGUACGAAUUUGAGAAAAAAACCAAAAUCAAAAAUGAAUAAAUAAAAAAAUGAAACUAAUUGUAAUCCAUUUAGAAAAAGAAACACGUCAACGGACUUUCCACUAGUGUUACCUUUCUAGUCUUCCGCAACGAUGGUUUUUUAU